UUAUAUGUUUUUCAAAGAUCAGAGCUUGAACUUAAAGAAAAUCUCAAAAUUUUUCUCGAUUCCCAGUGUGGGAAAAGAGCAGAAAUUCGAUAUUGAAGAAAGAGACAUUGAAUUUCGCUCUAAUUUAUUACCGGAAUUGGAUUGCCUCUUUGAAACCGCCAUUGCAAUGUAUCAGUAUGUUACUAAAGUUAGGUUAAUGUAAUUAUACAUUUUUUCCCAAAUUGGGAAUUUUUGGUGCGAUUUACGAAGCAAAAACAAAAUAUAAAAAAAAAGCUCAUAUAUUUUCUUCGAAUUUUCAAAAAAUUAACAACUACCCAUUUGUUUUUUGGCCAAUUGGGAACUCGUUUCUCCUCCGAUCCAGAUUAUUUCUUCCACAACUGGUUUUGGGUUCUUCUAUUUUGGAGUUUUGAAGAAGAGAGCUGUUUUUUUUAAUUGAGUAAUUUUGCGUUUAAUGAGUUGAAUUUCAUUGAAAUCGUAAUGGAAUUGUAGCUGAAAAUGAAUAAGAUUUAGCCUUUUUAAUUACUGUUGAAAAAAGCACUAGGAAAUGAGUCGAUCCCCUUCUUUUUCUGUGAAGUCGGAGCUUAGUGUAAAAGCAGACCCAGAUGCUAUGCAACGAUGGGUUCUUGCCUUUUGUAUCAUUAGAUUUGAUCUUGAACAAGGUCAGCUCAUAGAAGAGUGUUAUCCACCUGGUUGUCUUACACAAGAAGAGGAACUUGAGGUCGCUUUUAGUUCAUUCCCGGAUUCCGUUUCGCAGCACCAGAACCGUUCCAGCAUCCACGAUUGCAUCUUCUUUUUCCGAUUCCAAAGGCAUAAACAUUCCAAACAGGGUAAUGGGACUUCAUCUGAAAUAAGCGAAAUCGAUGAUAAAGAAACAAGUUCAACCCCGGACGAGGUGAAAUCAAUUCGGAGAUCAAGAAGUACGGAUAUUAGUAAAAGUUCAAAAUACUUGUAUGGUUAUGUAUUCAAUAGGCAAAGGCACGACGAGAGGCUAAAACGAGGUGGGGAACAAAAAUCUGUAGUAAUUUUGUCUCAUGGACCUUACUAUAGCGUGUUUAGACCUUUGUUACAAAUCAUGGGUCCUCUGUACUUUGAUAUAGGAAGAAAAGCUAUUGAACAUAUUGCUGGUUAUGUUUCGUUGUGGCCUAGUCCUGUACCUGGUAAAUUAAUGGAGCUUCCGAUUGGGAAUGCAAUGCUCAAAGUUAACUUGCCACCGGCUCACAGCUUGCCUUUGGAAAGUGGAAUAUCUUAUGAAGAAUCUGCUUCUUCUAUGGCCCCUUUUCUUCCCAGUAAUCCAUCGGUGCCACAAGGUCUAUUUCACGAUUCAGAUAUUUUCGGAACGUUCAGAGGACUUUUAUUGCAACUUUGGUUAUUGUGGGAGUUGUUGCUUAUCGGUGAGCCAAUUCUUAUCAUAGCACCAACUCCUCCACAAUGCUGCGAGGCUGUAGCAAGUCUCGUCAGCUUAGUUGCACCUUUACUUUGUAGUGUUGACUUUAGACCAUAUUUUACCAUCCAUGAUCCUGACUUUGCUCAAUUGAAUGCACUUCAAGAAGGGGACAAAUAUCCACCUAUGGUUUUGGGUGUCACAAAUCUCUUUUUCCUUAAAGCUCUUCGUUAUAUCCCACACAUUGUGUCGGUUGGAAGCCCUGCACCGAGUUCAAGUAGGGUUACCAUUGCAAGUAGGUCCACUGGAAGAAUUCCUGCUAAACAGGAAGGAUUUGGUCUUCAACAGCUUUCCUUAAAGAAGUUCUCUCCUUCAAGUUUGUUUAAUGCCGUGAAGCUGAGGAGAGACGGCCCUCUCUGUCUCAUGACAGAGCAUAAGGAGGCAAUUUGGAGCACUUAUGUUGCAACUACAAAGCCCGACACUUCUAUCUUGAAUAGGCUUAUUGAUGCUGGAAUGUCACCAAGGGUCGAGGAAUCUAUGUCUGUUGUUAAUAAUGAGAUAUUACGGCGGCACUUCUUGGAGCUCACAACCAACUUUUUGGCACCUUUUGGACCAUAUUUUAGGGCUACUACUCCUUCUGAAGGUUCGUCACCAUACGCUGACCCCCCUCCAUUACCUCCAUUUAAUGCUGAUGAUUUUCUUAUGAGCUUAUCAGCAAGAGGGGUGGGAAAGUUUCUCUCGAAGCGAAUGAGAUCUAACUGGCUGGACCUGUAUAGGCGUUUUCUUAAAGGACCCAACUUUUUGCCAUGGUUUCAAAGACGGCUUGCUAUUGCGGAAAAUGAACAACAUAGAUUGUGGAGGCAGGCAAGAAUGAAGACUGAUAUACAUCUCCUUAUAACUAAAAUGCCCGAAUUGGAAAUUGUUGACUGCUUUGACGCUAUUGAGAGGCAUCUUCUCGGGGAAAUGCAGCUGCAGCAAUCUGGAAGGGCAAUAUCGGACUCUGCAACAAUGUGUCAGAAAUUGAAGGGUGAUCUACAGGCAGUGUUCAACGUACUUCCAAACGACAUGCAGCAGCUUUUGCUUUUAAACCCCCAAAGAGCAGCUCUUUUACAGGGAAGUUCAAGUCCAGAACUAACGAAACUUCCUGGCCGUCCUUCGAUUCAAGUCGGGGUUGUAUCCUCCAACUCACCAAGAUAACCUAAAAGGGAAAAGAAAAGGUAUCUCUAGGAAUCAGGUCGGCUCUGGUAUAUCCGAGGGUUGUCUUCAUAUCGAAAAUGGCACGACCUGUGAUUGUUUUUUUUUUCGGAACGGAGAAUCCCCCCCCCCCUCUCCCCCGACUUUUGGCGUAAUUUGUUCAUAUAGGUGAGACUAAAAAUACACUUUGCAACUCAGUUUUUUUCUGUACAAUCAUGUGUCAUGCAAUUUCUUAGAAUUUUUAUAUUUUAUUGACUUUUGCCUCGUCUUUGAAUCAA